CUAAAAUGACGUAAAUGUAAAUAGAUGGCGCCACGUCAUUAUCUUUAUUUUUUGACACAUUUGACAGUUAAUUGUCACUACAAAAUGCAACAUACUUGACAUAUAAACAAGGUAUUUAAGUUAUACAAAGAAAACCAUUUAGUUAAGUUAAAAUGGAUCCUAACGAUGAAAUGUGCAAAAGUUUGCUGAAAUGGCUUCAAGAAAUCGUACCAAAUAGGACUAGAAACGUCGCAGAAAUAUGUGACGGUGUUGCUAUUGUUGAGGCUCUAAUGCAAAUAUCUGCCGAGGAUUUUUCUAAAUUGGAAGGAAAAAUAAAAAAAGAUGUGGGGACCAACUGGAGGCUACGAGUAAGUAACUUGAAGAAAAUAGUGGAGGCCAUAAUGGAGUACUACCAAGAUGUUCUGUCACUGCAAUUAUUAGAAGUGGGUCGGCCUGAUGUAAACAAGAUUGGGGAAUUCAAUGACCAAGUUCAGUUGGGAAAACUGUUAAGAUUGCUAUUGGGGUGUGCAAUAAAUUGUUAUAAAAAACAGGAAUAUAUAACAAAAAUAAUGGAAAUGGAGGAAUUGGUCCAAAGAAACAUAAUGACAGCUAUUCAGCAGCUUGAAGAAAUAUCGGUUGGACCUGGGAGGUCUGGUUUAAGCAUGUUAAUUUUGGAUAGUGAUCCUUUAAAAGUAGCCAAAUUAUCAGCCGAGUUGGAAGCAGUAAACGAGGCAAAAGAUGUUUUAAGCCAACAGCUGCAUCAGCUGGAGCAACAAAUUCAAAGUUUGUCUGAAGAAAAAGAACAUUUGCUGAUGAUGAAUAAGAGUUUCAGCGAAAAGGAAAUACGGGGAGCUGAUGCUAGAAAGCAAAUAGAAUACUACAAGGAAGAAUUGCUGAAAGCCGAAGUGCUGAAUGAUGAUUUGAAAGCUAAAAUAGGGGAACAAGAAAAACAGAUGGUUGUUUUUCAGGAAAAAAUCGCCGAGUUGCAAGUGGCUGCCAAUGACUCUUCCAGGUUGAAAGAUGAGGUGGAUGCCUUGAAUGAGUCAGCUGGUAAAAUAGCCGAUUUGGAAUUGGCAGUGCAAUCAUAUCAAAAAAGACUGGAGAACUAUCAAGACAUCAAAAGAAAUGUACAAAAAUUAGAGGAAAAAAAUACAGAAUACUUGCAAAGAAACCUUGAGUUGGAAGAGGAGCUCAAUAAAAGUAAUGGUUGGAGAAGUCAGUGUGAUGCAUACAAAAGCGAAUUAGCGGAAUUGCAACAAAAAUUCGAUGAAGAACUGCAAAAAUCGGAAAAAUUGCAAUUCACCCAUGAUUCAAUUAAAUCAAAAUUAAAAGCCCUGCAGGGUGAAAAAGAAAGGCUUAUACUGGAAAGAGAUGUACUAAGAGAAGAAAAUGAAGAGUUGAAAUUGGGAACAAUUAAAAAGGAGAGCAGUGCUGCUGUUUCACAGGAACUCACCCCCACUGAAAUGCGGGAAAAACUGAGAUUUUUAGAGAAGGAAAACAAAAACCUCCGCAAUCAAAGUCAAGAUGGAGAGGCCAAGCAGGCUCAACUGGACAGCGCCUUGAGCAGAAUUGAGCGCCUUCAACAGCAAAACAGGCAAUUGAAUCAGUCAGUAUUAAAAUUCGAGGCGCAGUUGGAAGAGAUUAAAGGCGGCGCAAACGGACCUCCCCCGACUACAGCCGCCGCCGCCGACCAAUCCGCUGCCACAGGCCCUGCUAUCGUAAAGGAGUACAAGCAGAAAGUCGCUUUGCUGCAAGACUCGCUAAAUGCCAAGGAUAACGAGCUUCAAAUGUUGCAAGCCAAACACAACAGAUACGUGGAAAAAGCCAAGAGUAUAGUGCAGCAGCAUGACUCCAUCAGACUUGAAGGCGGCGCUUUUAAAGAGCAAGAGGGCAAAUUAAUCAGCACUGCCUUCUAUAAUCUUGCCUUAACUUGCCAAAGAGAGGCAAUUGACGAGAGGUUGGCUGUGCUCAGUGCAGCAGGGCAGGGGCAAUCGUUUUUAGCCAGGCAGAGGCAAGCUACCCCAAGAAAAAAUAUCCAAAGAUACAAAUCCAAAUAGACUCUCCCACCAACCAACUUGUUUUUAAUUUUAUUGGAUGUUAUUAUGUAUUAAAUACAUAGAUUUUAUUUAUUUACACUUGCCUUGUAUUUUUUAGUAUUUAAAUAUAAAUAGACAUAUGUAUGUAAAAAAUA